AUGUUCUCUUUUUUACACUUUUAAGUGUGUGAAGUAAAUUAAAAAAAAUUUACUUAAAUCUCGUGAUCUGUCAUGGUUGAUCUGUCAGAGCUUCCUGCCUGUCAGCUCUGAGAGGUAACUUGUAACUUUUUUUGUGUGUGUGUGGCGUUUAAGAACCAGGCUCGGGCUGUAGCUGAGUUACGUCACAGUUGCCGUAGUAACAGAUUAAGCGUCAUCACUCUCACUUGUGUGUGUGUCGAUGUCAUGUCCGAGCUCCUGCUCUUGCUGCUGCUCCACACACAGCAGUGAUCAACAAAUGUCUCUUCCCGUCUGCGGGGACCGCGUGAGUCCGUGUGCGUGUUCGUACGAACCUGAGGUGCAGCCCAGACUCUGCCGCUGCCGCCGCCGCUGCUGCAGUGACUGUUGUUGUCGUUAAGCUGGUGUAGCUGUAGCCGUCAUGGCUGAGGAGGACAGUGAAUGGAUCAUUGAGAGCAUCGUGGGAUUCCUCGGAAGUCCGGAGUGGCUCAUCCCUGUCAUGGAUUUUGUGGAAAACAAAUGCACAGUUUUCGACGAUGAAGAUGAGAACAAGUUGUCCUACACAGACGUCCAUCAGCAGUACAAGACCUUGGUGGAGAAGCUGCUGGAGAACUACAUGCAGGAGGUCGGCAUCAGUGAGCAACAGUUUCUGGACGCGUGCACUUCUCCUUUCGCCAAGUCCAAAAGUCUGCAGUCUGUGUUUCAGCCCGUCCUCGCUACAGACGACUUCCAGAUGUUCCGUUCCCUGAUGGCGCAGAAGAACAUGGAGCUGCAGCUCCAGGCCCUGAGGCUCAUCAAGGAGAGAAAUGGUGAACUUCCAGAGUGUCUGACGGACGGCGUGGAUGUGAUGACUGAGAUGCAGCAGCAGGAGAUGAAGAUCCUGCAGGAGGUUCUGCAAAAGUCCAAGGAGGAGUACGAGGAGGAAAUGUCCAGGAGACUGAUGUCGGGGGAGGAUGUCGGUUCCACCUCCAGUGUCUGCUCCACUCACCCGACAGAGGGGAGGGCAGAAUCCAAUAAAAGCCCUGAUCACACUGCCAAGCCCCCUCUCUCCCUCCAGGUCAACGACAGUGCUGACACAGUAGAGGAGAGGGUGAGAAGUGAACCAGGAAGUGGCCGUGAGGAGGUUUCAUCUAAGAGCCAGGAGUCACCCAAACUCAGCCCAGUGGUCAGCAGCAGCAGUAUGGAGUCCAGAGUCCUUCCAGCUGUGACAGCGCCACUGAAGUCCAGCCAGCCAAUCAGCAGCAGCAUCAGUCAGGCUGCAGCAGAAACAUGCCUGGAGGAGGCCCGCAGAGAGGCCGGCUUCUCCAAACCAUUCACUGAGUUAUCAGUGUCACAGCAGGAGCAGCUCCAGCAGAGGGCAGCAUAUCUUCGUCAGCAGCGAGACAAGCUCCACGCGCUGAAGAAAGAACAGCAGAGAACCAAACAGAACAGCUCAGCGGGAGAGGCUCCGCCCACUCUCACUGCAGCACCAACCAAAUCCCCGGUGAACACAGUACAGACAGUGGAGCAGACUCAGAGGAACGGAGUCAGUACUACUACUCCUCACCCUCUCCCUGUUACCUCCCCCAAACAAAAGGAGAUAUCUGCAGAGGAGAGGAAGAAGCUGCAGAAGAGGAAACACCUGGCUGACAAACUGAAGGAAGAGGUGAUCAGGAAGUAACGCACCUGGU